AUGCUAGUCGAUGUUAAAGACGAGGACAAAGAAAUAUCUCGUAUGAUGGAAAAGAUUCCGAAAAGAUCAUCAUGUCGUAACACGUUAACGUUGACUUCGAGACAUUUUAUUCCAUAUAUCGAUAGCUCUAGUUGGCUUUAUGUAGAUCCAAAUCCUAUUUUCCACGUUGCCACACCUGCGACAUGUACUCAAUAUUUGGAAUACGCUAUGCCGCCACCGAAAAGAAAAAUCCAUCGUCGUCAUCGUCACCACCACCACCACCACCAUCAUCGUCGUCGUCAUCAUCGUCAUCAUCGUCAAUGUCACGAAAGACACCGACGAGUGAUGAGUGAUCCGGGUAGAGGAACUUGGAAUCCCCUCGAUAAUUCUUUUCAAACGAAACAACGUCGAAGAGGGUUUAGUUUCAGUGAAUAUAUCAAUGAUGUUCCCGCUCCGACAGAAGAGACACCGAUAAUACAUCGAAACGGCGAAGAUAAGAUUCCACCGUCCGAGGAAACUAGCGCAUCGACUUUCAGAAAAGUGCCAUGGCACCCCAAUUUACAUAUGCUGAAAAUAAGAAGAACGUGAAAUAGCGCAUGUCCGCUGUGGGAAUGCUAAUAAUACGAUAAUUCCUCCAAGUAACAUCCAACGGUUAUCGCUUGCGAGUAUAGACAUUUUUCACUUAACGCGCUCCAUCAUCUCGAUUGAUUAUGAACAUAUAUUUGUGUGUGUGUCUGAUGUGUGUAUAGCACGCACACAUCGUCAUACAUACAUAACACACACACACACACACACACACACACCGCGCGCGCGCGCACAGAUAAAAUAUGUAUGAACUAACAUACGUAGAUGACAUCAACUUUAUUUAUUGCAUGCACUUAGUUGUCGUCAAUUCGAUCAUAUAAAUUUAGACUUCACGUUACUUGCGGAAGAACGCAACUUGCUUUAUUUAUUUCAUUAAAAUUAUUUGUACAUACAUACAUACAUAGAUAGAAAAAGGAGCCAGGUUCCAUGAAUCUUCGAAAAUGGAGAGGAAACAAAGUUAACAGCGAUUGGCUCGGUAUUUAUCCGGAAUACGUUUUUUUUUUUAAAUACAUUCAAAAGUUCCUUCGAACUUUUCAGAGGAAAUGGUUUAGAUAAUAUUAUCCCUGUAGAAUGAUUUCAUACAUAAAUCUCUACAUAACGUUAUUUCAGUUUUAUUGUUAAGAUAAUACUAUAUUUUUAUUAUUUUAAGAAAACUAUACAAAUGAUUUCGGUCAUUCAAUCUCCUUCGCGCGAUAUAGCUAUGUACGUGUACAUAUUUCGAAGAUGCUUCGAACAUUAAACCGAAAUUUAAGCGUUUUAAAUAGAAAUUACGUCUAACAUAACGACUCGAUUACCUAGAAAAUCGUAAUAACAUUGCACACGAUUUAUUUAGUGUUGUUAAAAAGACGACAUGCCAGAUAUAAUGAUCAGACGAUUAAUAUUUAUAAUAAAAUAUUUUUUAUGAUCAUA